CAAGCGGAUAAAGGUCCCGAAGUCAACUUUCAGAGUAGUUAAUUUUUCAAGUAGUUAGUUGUUUGUUAAUUUUGUAUUACUUAUUCUAAAUGAUAGGCCUAUUCGGGUAACACUGGCGCUAACGUUACUCGGGGAAAAUGUGUCGUGCGCGCGCCGUGUCCGUUAAAAAGUGUUGUGUCCGGCUCAGGAGUACACUACCAACCGCCACUGUGAGGCUAACUGCUAACGUUAAUCAACCUCAGUGAGCCAUUAGGCACCUUACUCACACAAUACCUCGCCGUGACUUAAAUUUAACGAACAUGAUAAAGUGUUUGUCCAAGGAGGUUCAGGGUAAGCUUCGCUCCGGCGUUGCUAUCUCGUCGCUCCAGCAGUGUGUGGAGGAGCUCCUUCUCAACAGCAUCGAUGCCGGGGCGACGUGUGUGGGUGUGAGGAUGGACAUGGAGGCCUUCAAAGUUCAGGUGAUUGACAACGGCUCCGGGAUGAAGUUGGAGGACAUGGAGCACAUCGGGAGCAGGUACCACACCAGCAAAUGCAGCUGUGUUGAAGACCUGGAGAACCUCAGAUACUACGGGUUCAGAGGGGAGGCCGUGGCAAGUAUUGUUUCUAUGGCGACGCUUGUAGAAAUAUCAUCCCGGGCCAAGUCAUCUGUGAAAACACACGUCAAAAUCUUCAAGGAUGGUAAGGCCUUGAACGUCUUUGAAGCUGAGACCGCUCGUCCCUCUGCUGGGACGACUUUUGUCAUUUGUAAUUUCUUCUACAAUAUGCCAGUGAGGAGGAAGAGGUUGGAUCCUGUCCUGGAGGGUGAGCGGAUCAGACACCGUGUUGAGGCCAUUUCCUUGAUGCAUCCCUCUGUCUCUUUCACACUGAAGAAUGACUGUACAGGGGCCAUGUUGGUGCAGCUCUCGAAAGCUAGAAACACCUACCACAGGUUUGUCCAGAUACAUGGCUUGGGGCGGGCACAGAAACUGCGAGAAAUCAGCCACACGCAUGGACAGUUUGAAGUUAUGGGUUACAUAGGAAGGGAGGGCCAUUACAACAACAGCUUACAGUUCUUAUAUGUGAACGACAGACUCCUCUUGAAAACACGCAUCCACAAGCUGCUGAAUCUGCUCCUACGCAAACUGAGAAGCUCAAACCAGAAGAAUGACAGUCCAGAUGGGCCGUCUGCCAUCAGGAGUCCAAAACACAAACGAAGCCAAGAGAUGCAUGGACUGUACAUCAUCAAUAUCAAAUGCCCUUACUCAGAGUAUGACGUUUGCCUUGAGCCUGCCAAAAGUCUAAUCGAGUUCAAAGAUUGGGAUGGUAUUUUGCUCUGCAUAGAAGAGGCGGUUAAAGUGUUUUUGAACAGAGAAAACUUGGUGGUUGAGCUCUCCCAAGAUGAUUUGGAAUAUGCUUGUCCAAGGUUGUUUGGCGUAGCAGAAACAGAUCAACAAGUGAACAAUGACGGCGAAGGUGUCCAAGCAACUAUAGGAUAUUCUUCACUAGAAUGCAUUUCUGGAAGGACACUUGCAUCUGAACCUGUUCAUCGUAAGCAUAAACAAAACAGUGUAUCUGAAAACAGUGUUGGCCAGACAUCUGAGUGCACAGUAGCUGAGGAAGAAAGCCUUGGGGAGAGAAGGAUUAUUGCAAGUGAGUUGGAUAGUAAACAAAGCGAUGCAUGCAUAGAUCAACCCAGAGCAGUGCCACAGUGUGAUUCGGUGACAUUACCCGAUGGAUCUGAACCUUCAACUGACAGUAACAUCGCUGAAGAAGAGGAGUUAGCUUUUAGAAGUGUUGAGGAAAACUGUCAGGGUAUUGAAUCUACGCCCAGUUCAGUCAGUCAGCCAGAAAGUGAACAACUGAGAGUUACGAUAGUAGAAGAGAUGAGAUUAAACAGUACUGCCUCAAGCAGCAAUGUGUCUGCACUGCAGAACGUCACACAAGAAAUUCAACUCAGCACCAAAGAAAUGCUACCAAACUGCCAGAGUACAAACGGACAUGAAGAAACUGUAGUAGAUAACAGAAAGAUUAGUCUGUCCGACCCAUACAUUCAUGAAAAUCUGCAGGCUCAGGAUGUGCCCUUGAUCAUUAGGCCACAGUUACACCAGCAUUUGGGGACAGUAAAAUGUGAAGAAAGCUCUUGUGCAUCAAAACGCAAAAUAUCGCUCAUAGAGGACUCAAGUCAUAUCAAAGCCACUCAGCAAGUACACAAGGACCUUGCCCCUGUCAUCCCCUCAAAGAUUCCCAAGCUCACAUCUUGUCAAAAGUUGUCUUUAUGCAAGGAGGCUGGAUCUCUGGACAGGUUUAGAAGAAUAUAUGGGAAGUCCAAUGAACUGAAAUCAUCCUCUCUGGGCACUUGUGACAAGCUUUCACUGAAUGAUGCCAAAGCAUCUCACACACACAGCUUUGAUUUGAAUCCCCAGAAUGUUCUGGCUUGUCAGGAAGCGUCACAAGAAGGUGAUGUUAUAGAGACACCAAAAACACAAACCGACUUGAAAAGCCCACCAACACUGUCUGUCUUCACAAAGGUAAAGCCAGCCUCGACACAGAAUAGAGCCAGAGGAGUAUCUCUGGCUGCUAAACUGUGUCAUUUAAAACAGCACAGGACAGAGGCCACACGAAAUGAAUUAACAGACUCUUCCAGGGCUACUUCAACGGACGAUACGCAUCUCAUAAGCGCUAAUGACAGCAUUCAGGAUGACAACAACAAUGAGCAUCCCUGUGAUGCUACAGGAACUCCUGAGCCGGUCCCAAGUUGCAAUACAAUUCCUUUGUCCACUGAAAGGGAAGAGGCCACAGCAUCGAGUGACUGGCUUCAGCACUAUGACACUCAUGUGGGAAAGAUAGUUUAUGUCAACAAAAAGACCGGGCUCAGCCGAUAUGAAGAUCCGCCUGUGGAAGAAACACAAGUUCACUGCACAUCAGAUGUCACCAAUAUGGCUGUCAGCGUCAUAUCUAAAUCAGGAGAUGGUGUUGAGGACUCCAGCUCACUUUCCUCAUUGUACUCUAAAUGGGAAAAUCCUGUGUUUGUCCGACCUCCUAUGGUUGGCGUGGACAUAUCGAGCGGUCAAGGUGAUGGACUGGCUGUGAAGAUCCAUAACAUCCUGUUUCCAUAUCGCUUCUCAAAGGCCAUGAUUCACUCAAUGAAGGUUAUUCAUCAAGUGGAUAAGAAGUUCCUUGCAUGUCUUAUAAAUACAAGAGACCAAGAGCCUGCAAACACUGACACUGAAGGAAAUCUUUUGGUGCUAGUGGAUCAGCAUGCUGCACAUGAGAGGGUUCGACUUGAAAAUCUAGUUGCAGACUCCUAUGAAGAUGAUCCGGAUGCACCAGGGGAGAGACGUCUGUGCUCAUCAACCAUUUUGCCACCACUAGAGAUCAGUGUAACAGAAGAAGAGCUGAGGCUACUUGGGUCUUGUCAGCCACAUUUGCGAAGUUUGGGCCUGGAAGUGGAGUUCUCACAGAAAGAGGAUCCACAUGUGCUUGUGGGGAAGGUUCCACGGUGUUUCACAGAAAAGGAGAGCAAUGAAACCAGGCGGGGGAGACCGUCUGUCAUCAAGCCGAUAGUUGAGGAGUAUCUUCGAGAGCAGAUUGAGUUACUCCGCUCAACUGGCAGAGUUAGAGGAACGCUGCCUCUCACUGUGCUGAAGGUGCUUGCCUCCCUGGCAUGUCAUGGUGCUAUCAAAUUCAAUGACAGCCUUAGCAGAGAUGAGUGCUGCAGCUUGGUAGCAUCCUUAUCUUCCUGCCAGCUGCCUUUCCAGUGUGCUCAUGGCCGCCCAUCCAUCGCUCCCCUGGUAGACAUCCUCCACCUGGACAAAGACUACAAGGAAUCACUGAAACCCAACCUCCAAAAGCUGAGAAGGAUGUACAAAGCAUGGAAGCUAUUUGGAAAUAAUUAAGUGAGUGUGUGUGUGAGUGUGUGUGAGUGAGUGUGUGUGAGUGUGUGUGAGUGUGUGUGAGUGUGUGUGUGUGUGUGUGUGUGUGUGUGUGUGUGUGUGUGUGUGUGUGCGUGUUAUAAUUUAAGUAUAUCAAACAAAAUUAAUUGUAACUUAUAUUUUCCUCAUUAAAUGAGACAAUUUGUUAAAUGCACAAACAAAAACAGUGCCAUACUUGAAAUGAGGAUGUUUUGUUAUAUAUUGAAGCAGCUGAACAUUCAUUGGAAGGGUCAGCAU